AACGGCGCGGCGGGCUGCGCGCGCGACCACGACGCCGAGGCGACGACGGCCGAGCAGCGCCGAGCAGACGCACCAGCAGUCGCCAGUCGCCGCCCGGCGGGACAUGACGCAGGACACACGAGCAGCCAUGGAGGCGGACGACUCGGACCUGGCGGGCCAGUACCUGCAGCAGUUCGAGCUGGACCGGCUGGAGGGCGCCGUGAAGCGCGAGCAGGGCGCGGGCGCCGAGACGCCGCCCCCGCCGCCCCCGCCGCAGCAGCAGCAGCGCCUGCCGUCGAUGCCGUUGCUGCAGCCGUCGCCGCCGCACCACCUGCUGACGCCGCCGGGAGAGGACGCGCACCCGCUGUACGGCGCGGGCCAGCAACACGCGGGCGUGCUGGUGAAGGCGGUGGCGCAGCACGGGCACGGCGGCGAGCCGGGGCUGGUGGCGCUGCAGCACCCGGGCACGCCGCCCGACACGCCGCCCGUGAGCGCGUCGCCCCCGCACUACGCCGCCGCCGCCGCCGCCGCCGCCGUGGCCGCGGCAGGCGCGCUCGCCGACGACAUGGGCUGGUUCCCGCAGUCGGCCGUGCGCUACCUGGCGCCCGAGCCGCUCGACCUGCGGCCCAACUGCGCCGCCGACAACAUGAUGGAGCCGCAGGGCGCGCCGGUGCUCGCCGCCGCCGGCUGGGCGCCGGGCGCCACCUCCGUCAUCGCGGGUGGCUGCCGCAAGCUGCUGGCCGAGUACGCGCCGCACCACCACCACCACCACCACCACCACCACGGGCACCACCACGGCGAGGAGCAGGUGCCGGUGCGGCCACUGGGCGCCGGCUCGGUGUCGCCCGCGGCGCACCACCACCACCAGCCGCAGCACCACCACCACCAGCAGCACCACCACGAGCUGGCGCCGCCGCCGCCGCCGCAGCCGCAGUACGCCGCCUCCACCGCCUCCUCCACCGAGGACAUCCUCAACGACGACGCGCUCAUGUCGCUGUCAGUGCGCGAGCUCAACAAGAAGCUGCACGGCUACCCGCGCGAGGAGGUGGUGCGCCUAAAGCAGAAGCGGCGCACGCUCAAGAACCGCGGCUACGCGCAGAACUGCCGCAGCAAGCGGCUGCAGCAGCGCCAGGAGCUCGAGGUGACCAACCGCACGCUGGUGGCCGAGCUGCAGCGCCUCAAGGUGGAGCUGGCGCGCGUCACGCAGGAGCGAGACCUGUACAAGCAGCGCCUCGAGCAGCAGCUGCGCCACGCCGCCCCCGCGCCGCCCCCGCGCGCCGACGCCGCCUCGGCCGCCUCGCCGGCCGCCGCCGCCGCCGACUUCUACAUGUGACGUCAGCGAGCGGCGCGGGCCGCCUGGUCCUGAGGCGCCGCCGCCACGACGCCGCCUCCCGACGCGUCUCUCCGUUAGGAGUGCCGGAAACGGUAAACAGUGGUCUCCAGGUGUGGCCCCUGCUUCUCUGCAGCCUCCGCAUUACUGAGGGCGGGACGGAGUUCCCAGUGGACGAGGUCGAGUGAUCCCCUCUUCCGAUUCCCUGUCAGCUGCCGCGAGAUUCACGCACCAAACCUCUCUGCCCGCGUAAGCAGUAGCUUACUACCCCUCCGAAGCCGUAAUUUCGGAUACCCGUAAAUUCUAAGUGACUGAUGACAUUCCCUCGGCGUGACUGUCUAGAGGCCAUUCGAACUGAGCUUUCGUCCCUGUGCACAGUGGUUUGAAAUCGGACUUCGUAACCUGUCAGCUUCACUAGAGUCCACCGAGAAAAUAUUAACUGCUGUCGCACCACCAAAUGAAUGCGGCAACGAUCGUUGUCGCAAUAUUGUGGCAAUAUAUGGGGUCCUUGAAGCGGUUAUGUCCUAAAAAAAACAUACCGUCUACUUUUUGCGAUUCUCAGUACACGUGAGUAGUCGGCUCUUCGUCUCUGUCAGCCACGACUACGCCACCUCCGAUGCACCCCUGUGAGGCUGCUCUCGUUAGGUGUGCGCGACACGGUAAAGAGUAGUCUCCAGAAGGUAUCCCCUCUGCUGUCCAGAGGCCGCUCUGACAUUCGCGCUACCUCACGGAGGGCGGAAAACGGUUCUGACUGAACGACAUCAACUGAACUGACAUCAACUCAUCUCGGCUACUUCCCUGUCGCCUUGCCGAGAAUUUCGUGCGCCGUCAGCCCUCUCCAAAACUCUACCUACGUACACAACAGUUUUACAUCCCUCUAAAGCUCUCACUUGGGACAGCCAUAACUUCGAAGUUUUCAAUGAUAUUCUACAUUACUCUAGAAUAGGGACACUGCUUGCGGUCAAGAAACUGAUACAGCGUUUUGGAACAGAAGUUGUACCAGAUCCUAUUUUUUUCUAUUUUAUUUAUUUAUGUUUCAAUUUUUUGCGACUAGUUUUCCGUGUCGCUGCAACAUCAUCGUCAAGCACUCUUUUUUAUACUCAGCCUAGCUUUCGAGCAGCUCAACAAUUUGGCUGUGUACGUGAAUGAACACUUUAGAAUGGGGUAGCUGCGACACCGAAUCUGUUCACGUUGUUUGUUGAUAUGGCACCCUCAAAGAGGUUGGCUCCUAGAAGACAUUGUGCCUAGGUAGCAGGGUUCUCAGUUCACGUGAGUAGUCGGUCUUCCGUCUCUGUUACUUCCUUGUCGGCUGCCCCAAGGUUCAUACACGAUUUACUUUCUUCAUACUUUGGGCCCCGUGAAAAAUGUUUUGUAUUCCUCGAAUUACAUUUCCGCUUUCCACUGUAUUUACUGACUGUUUUGCAGUAUCGACUAAUUUCGACUAUUACGGCAUUCCGAAGUGGCGGUCUGACGUGCCCACGCACAUGCCAACAAGCUCAUCAGACAUAUGCCGGGCAAACAUAAACCUUGCUGUUAAAUAAAUUAUCUAAAUGACUAUGUUGUCCGCCGUAUAGCUGGAGAACUCGGGGGCCUGCCCUUGUGUACGUCAACUGCCGCUUCAAAACGGCGUAACAGCCGAUAUUGGUCAACAGAGCAAAAUAAACAAUAACUACAAUCGAAAGCGAAAUUUUUUUUUUUGAAAAAUUUUGCAGAGCUGUGGAACCUAUCCGAAGGAAACUCAUUAUUUACAUGCGAAAGUUGUUUGGGUGUAAUCAGGCAUGAUUGGUAGACGAUGCGUCAUGAGAAGACGGGAGUGAACCACCUGUCCAUACGCUAAGACAGAAUGGAGGGAAAUCUGGUGAGACUCCUCUUGCAGUUUGUGAACAUGGCAACACAGCACAUUGCCACCAGCUGCAGCCAACCUGGCGGGUCCUUUUACGCAGUUCUUGUGACUUCUUCUUUACCAACAAAUUUGUUCACAGUUACCAAAUACUCAUCGAUCAUUACGCGCCGUAGUUAUCCUUCUUUGCACGUAGUCUCGGACGUGUUAUACUGGACGCUUUCUGUUUUGUUAAUGAGCGAAAAGCAGAUCUUCCAGAAACAUUCGCUGGCGAGGAUGGCAGCGCCACAUAACACAAUUCAGAUAUCGCAAAACGAAAUCAAUGAGCCACUAUUUUCGUCUAGAAACGUGCCGAAUGUUUCUUGGAAAUCGUUAUCUUACAACUAGACGUUGUGUCAACAUUCUCAGCGGCUGGCUUCAUGUAAAAAAAUCAUUGUCUUGAUCUCUUUACGACUGUUGAAAUGCACGGAGUUGUAACGGGGAAAGAAGUUGAAAACAUAAGACAACACGUAACGAAAUUUUAGGCUGUAAGUAGCUACAGACACUCGGAGAAAGUAUGGAGAGUUUGCUGUUAAUAAGACUGCGGAAGCAGUGCUUCUAAGUGCCCGUUGGAAUUAAGAUUUCACUUCUGCACACAAUAUUUCGACUGACUUGGAAAGUAUUCCGGACGGAAGGGGGCCAACUCUGACCAAGCAGCUCUGACGGAGCUACGGGGACGACCGAUGCUGAGCUUCCAGUGGAACACGUAUCCAGUUCUUUGCUAAUAUGUUAUAAAAAUAAGGGAAUUAAUCUUUCAUUCCCUCACUUCCAGUCUUCUUCGUCUCCUUCGGUCUGCCUAUCAGAUUCUCUCUCUCAAGGAAGGCUAAAAGCUCGUAGCACUUCGUUGCCUACAGUAGAAAUACUGUACGCAAAAUUAGCAUCGUCAACUAGAUUGAACAUCUGAUAAGCAAGCGUCUAUUUACUUAGAAGUCUGUCCACCGUUUCAACAGCUUUUUACGCAGCUAGCUCUUCGUAAAUGCGCAGCAUGGGCGAUUGCCUUUUCAUUGCGUGGAUGCGCGUACGUACAUAACUACAGAGUCUAGUAACCUGCUGCAAGUCGUCGACAAAUCUGUUUGCAAAGAAGAACUCGUUCGCAUUUUGUGAUAUGGCCUCCGGAAUUUUCGUCGCCUCAAAGCACUAAGUACAUUCUUGGCAGUGAAUAUAUUCUUGCUAUUUGGCGAAACGGAAACACGUGGAAGUCUUAACAGUUUUAUAACAUCUUAGAAGCUUCAUACGUAAAAAAAUUUCAAAAUUCUCGUUCACCGAAGACUUUAGUGCCACUAAAGAAACAGGUGAACAAAUUUGUAAAGCGCGUGUUGUUUACAGAGAGCCUCUCUUGUUAAUAAUAACAAUAAAAAAGAUAACAAAUUUACCAAAUUCCACGUUACCUGUGGCCUCACUCCAGUCUCUUUCGUAAAUUGAUGACUUCACUCAAAAUUUUCUUUCGGAAGAAAGCUACAGCCCCAAAGUGGAGCUUUCAUGGAGAAAUUCAAUAUGUUUAGAUUCUUUAGGACUUGAACAAAUUGGUAUUAUUAUUACUUCAGAAUUUUGUUGUUUUCGCUACGGCACAAAACCGCACCUUUUCUUCCCAGCGAUACUGCUAGAUUACGAAACAGUUUCAUUUCUCAAUAUACUCACGAGAGCAGCGGUUGGUCUUGAUUGCCAACUUUCACACUCCUGUACCUUCAGAUCACUACUCAUUUGUCAAGAGUCACAGCACAAUCAAAGAAAUGGAGAACGAUUUUAUAACUUUUUUUCUCUUUUUGUUCCGUGUGGUGUGUAGGCUUUCAGGCGUACAAAGCUGCAGGUGCUACAUAGCUCCUAAAGGCCACACUUUUUUCGGAAGACAUUGCAAACUGCAAUUAUCCACCAUGAAAACAAAAUGCAAUUAUCCAAUCUAGGUGAGACACUUUCCUCUCUCUCUCAUGUACUUGAGCCCACUACUCACGUGUCAAGAGUCAGCAGUAUAAUAAAAGUGGUGCGGAAAAAUCUAUUACGUUUGUUGCAUCUGGCUCGGUAGCUUCAGGGAUUGGGAGCAACAAAUGCAAGGAGCCUCUUAAAAUUCGUACGUUUUCAGAAGCUGUUGGAAUGUGCGCUGCCCACACUGAAAGCAAAAGACCUUUUCUCAUCCCAGUUCUGGCGGACAGAAUAAGAAAGGCAGCUAUUACCCUACCAUGAGAGGGGUGCGUGAUUCUCGGGUCAGUUGUGUCUUCACACUUUGCAUUUCGCCCCUCCCUCGUAGCGGGUUGUCUCGUAAGAGAGCCAGUGGCCACAGUGAGCUUUCGCGAACUGGAGGACUUUCACCCUGGGGGCCGCCCGGUCGCUGAUUUCAGUGACGGAUAUAGAGGCACGGACGCGAGCGUGUGAAGUGACGCAUCUCACCACUGCUGGUGAACGAGGACUUUGAGACACAGUGUAUAUCAGAUAUUACGGGUUCGAACAUUUCUACUACUGGAACUUCUUUAGAUUUUUAAAGAGGCAGUAUCUUGAACUGUAUUUUUAACACACACUGCUUUAUCCCUGUGAGAGAAUAAUGUACUUAAUUUCCAGUUGCAAUAGGUGUUGCGAUUUCAAGUCCAAAACUCACUUCUUCCUUUACUUAGACGGGUUUAGCUACAAUAUCUUUGUUCGACGUCUGUUUGCUUAGUUCAGAGAGAUUGUACGGAUGUAGAUCUCGUUAAUGGAGUACUUGGGACCGAAUGAGUGUAUCAGUAUAUGAUCUGAGACCUUGAGAACUGGAACGUACUUUGUAGAUUCUAAGGCGCUACAGAAUAACGUGAUAGUUGUCGGCAUGCACUUUUCAUUGUCUGAUUACUGGAGUAAGUAAUAUAAUGAGUCACAUCUACAAAGUUAUCCACUUUUACAAUCCCUAGAUAUAGUGUAAGGAAUCGAACACAUCUUUCCUUUGUAAUCGACAGAUAUUUACUUUACUAUGCGAUUUUGAAAAAUGCAACUGUACUGAAAAGAAAACUUUUUAUUUAAGACUUGCAGUAAUUUUCAGCUGAAUGGUGUAGAAGAAGUACGUAGGCGAAAGUUAAGUUGUUCUGUGAACUUUGCGUUUCUUUUUGUUCAGUUGUGAAGCAUUAUCGCUCUGAUUUUUCAGGUUGUCUCCAAACAGCAAAACCAUUUAAACAAUAUUUUCAAUAUCGUUUUUGAAAUACAGAAGUUACCAACCUCGGUUCCAUAUUCCAUUUUUGUGCGAUUGAACUGUGUCAUUAAUACUAGAGUUUGGGAAAGACUGUGCCCCCUGCAUACAUCUUCUGGAAGACAACAUUCCGGACCACGGAUGUAAGUGAGGGUGCUUAAUCUUGUACAUAUGAGAUCAUGGUUGUGUUUCAAAUUAUUAUAUGUUAAAUACCUUGAGAAUGAUCUAAUGUAAAUACAAAGUAAUAAAAGUAUUUGCUUAAAAUACAA